UAUAUAUCGUCACAAUCCUGCUAUUUUCUCAGAAUCCCAGUUCACACACGCACACAGAAAUGUAUAUGGUAUUCAAACGUUUGAUAAUCGGCGGAGAGAUUGUUGAAGAAGAAGGAGAGUGGGAGAAAGAAAGAUAAAUAUAUAUUAUAUAUAUUAUAUAUUUCUGGAAGAAAUUAAAUUAAAUCCAGGUUCAAAUAAAAUUCAUCAGUUACCAAAUACACACGCGGCAAAGAUUUUCAGCACAGAUUCUUUCUAUCAUAACUCCAGGUUGUAAUAACAAUGGAGAAUAAUAUUUCAGACCAAACAACGGAAGUCGUGUCUGCAAGAUGCGAGUGCUGCGGGCUGACGGAGGAAUGCACGGACGAAUACAUAAAGCGUGUCCGCGACCAUUAUUCGGGCCUGUGGAUUUGCGGGCUUUGCUCGGAGGCGGUAAAAGACGAAAUAGCCCGAUCGAACAAAGAGAUCAAAGACGAGGAAGCCUUGAAUCGGCACAUGAGUUUUUGCAAGAAAUUCAAGAAUCUCAGCCCGCCGAAGAAUCCAACUGAAGAAUUGAUUUGUGCUUUGAAACAACUGCUAAUGAGGAGUAUCGACUCGCCCCGAUCCAGCCCGGUUGCAAAACCCGGUAAUAAUAACAUGAUUAGGUCUCGUAGUUGUCGUCCUGCUCUCGACUCUGGUUUUCUAGAAACCAGCUGAUUUAAUUUUAUAAGUAUUGUCUUAUAAUUCAUAAAUCGAAUAAUAAUUGAUGUUUUUUUUAAGGUAGCAAGAGAAAAAAAAUGUUCCAGAAGAAAUAUUUAAUUUGCU